GGCAUGUGGAGUACCUAUCAAUAUGAUUGUACACUUUUUGUUAGUUGUAGAAAUUAGAGACAUUGUACAUGAUUUUUGUUUAAAACGAUUCUUGUUGAAAUACCUAUAAUUUCCGUGUACAAUUAGAAACAAAUUCUACUGUUGUGACCUUCGGAGUUCUCACUGUAGUACCCAAGUUUUAUGCUUAUAUCAGUCAAGAGAGGUGUCCUCAACCUUGUCCAAACGAAUUCCUCUUUUUCAUUACUGCUUAAGUCAUCAUGAAGAGAGCUGGAAAGUCAAAUGAUACGGAGCCUCUACCCAAAAUCUCUAAAAUGAACGAUGCCCUGUUUGCUGCUGAAGGUGAAAUCGUUAGUUGGCAAGCGGCACUGGGUUGUUCGUUAGCUGAAAGACUUGAGAAAAUCAGUACCAUGAAAAAUUUAACAACUCGUCAGCUUAAACGAUUGCUGAAGGAUGUUCUAACUAACGAAUAUAUUGUGAGUGCUUUACACAGAUAUAUUGUUGGAGAAUUUAAAGAGCCUGAAACUGGUGAAAUUUCAGCCGCGACACGGAGACGAGCCAAAUCGUUGGGAUUGUUUUCCAUCCUUAGUGAACUUGGAGUAAUGUCAAAUCAUAAUGUGCAAUCCAGAGCUGUUACUCGAUCACUUACUCGUCGAGUUGAAGAGUCAUUACCAGACGACUUAUCAUCACAUUCUCUUGCUACAAAUGUAUGUUCUGAGGAAACUGGAAAUCAUGAUCCUACUGGAUCAUUUCAACUAGAAACGACUGUUGAACAGUCACCACCACCACCUAAUCAUUCUCUAAGCUUUCUUGAUAAGGACGACGAAGACGGAGAAGAAGGAGUAGUAGCAGAUACUGUAGAGGAAGGAAGUACUGAUAACAACGUGACAAACAAAAGUGUAGAUGCUGAAGAUCCAGACAAUGAUGUUGUUUACUCUCAGUUUCUUCGAUCAUUAUUUGCCUCUCCUUGUAAUUCAUCAAAUUGUACACCUAAUAAGUCCAACUCACGAAUAACUACUCCAAUAAAGUCAUCUGCAAUCUGUGAAAAUCGUUUAAGAGAUGACUCAAAUAGCGUUCAACCUCUUUCAUCAGAUAAAUGUCAUUCUGAUGUUCAGAAUUCUAAGACAAUAGAACUGUCACUUUCUUCACAAUCGCCUAUUAUGCGAUGGAAUAUAAAUGUGGUAGAUGAGGACGAGGAUCCAGAUGAUCCAGAAUUCGAUGUAAUGGCUGAAUUGAAUAAAGUUGAUAAAGAGGACUUUUUCUAUGAAUUGAGAAAUGAUCGUGGUGUUCGAGUUUCGAAGAGGGAGACGAAAAAUCUACGCGCAGAUUUACGCACACUGUUUAACUAUGGAACUGAGGAACAAGACAAUUCUACUUAUAAUACAUCAAGGAGACCGUCAGCUUUAGCAAUGAAGGCCUAUCGUCAACGCCAAUUACAAAUGGAUUGUACCACAACACCAAAUCAAACCGAGAAAUUUGACAUGACGCGUUUCUUUCAAUCCGCUAUGCCUUCAUCGAAAAGCUUGAAUACAUCUGUUGUUUCAAUCCCAAUACGCAAAAGAAUGGCGUUAACAAGUACAGAACUAGUUCGAUUAGAACGUCAAUUGGGAAUGCACAUACAAUUGUUGACUACAAGUUUCCUACUGACGUAUGAUUUUCCUGAUAUGCACGAAUCAACGACACGACCAUGUGCAUCUCUUCUCAAAACUUUAGUUGCCAAACGUCAGGCUUUUGAUUUAAUCGCACUUCAAAAAAAAGUUUCCGGUGUUGCAAUUCAUUCGCUAACUAGCUUCUAUUGGCGUUGUCCUACCCUAGACAUGGCGGUUGAUUUAAUUUCUGAUUACUCUGGAUUAUCUAUGCUGCCUCGUUCACCAUGGAAUAAUCCUUAUAAUAAGCCGGGAGUAGGACAUGCUGUGAAUAAAUCGCAAUCGUUUGGCUUCCCAAUUCCAUACUGUUUACUAGAUAUAAUGGUGAACAGUCCUAUCUGGUCUUAUGCUUAUUUAAUGCCUACCGUCUUGGGACCUCAUCCUAAAAAUCAAGUUCGCCUAGUAUUUCAUCCGUCAGAAGAUGCUUUGAUGAUAAUGGGAUUGGCAGAUUUUUCCGGUGCUUUAAUAACCCGUCGUCGUAAAGCUCUUGAAUCUAAAGUGUCUAGUCGACGUUGCUUCUCAAAAACUUUAAAGUCUCAAAAUAAACAAUUAGGACGUUAUAUUGCCUAUCGUUUUAUCGGUAGGUAUAUACUUCCACAUCGUACAUUUUUACAGUUGCGGUCUCGUCGAUGGAAUAUGCUAGCUAAUCGUGAUAGCAUAGAUAAUGCAGGAGAUUCAAAACCAGUAUCACUUGCCACUCGUUAUCUACUUCAACUCUAUAAGGAAUUAAGUCAACCGGAUGAUGAAUUAGAUCUUAAAAGAAUGCAACAAUAUGCUAAUAAAAUGAGUUCUCUUGCUACUCCUUAUGGUAUACCGCUGAUUACCGCAUGUUUAACUGAUAGAAAUCCUCAGAAACUGUUUACUUUUGAAGGACUUCCGACUGAAGUAGGUUAUGAGGAUGUAUUAAGAAGUUAUAAUAAUAAUAACUGUGGUGAAAGCGUAAAACGCAAGUUGGAUGUACUAACUGAAUUCGCGCAAAAUGCAAAGUGUUUUUGGAAAUCGCAAAUGGAAAAGGCAUCUCAAACUAAAGAAGCAGAAAUAAACUACUUGUCGGUUUUAGACAACGAAUCUAUGAUCAAAUCGGAACAAUCUAUCCAGUGUGAUGUUCUCGGUCCAAAUUACCUACCUGCUAUACCAGUUGAUCUUAAUCCUGAUGGUACUGUGGUUCUCAGCAGAACUAGAGAGCCUGGUUUGGUUGAAGUUACCGGGAUGACAGAUGAGCCCGGGGGGUCAAUUUCCGAAAAUGAAAACUCGACGAACUUACCAAGCUCAGAAAUACAGCAGCAUGGUCGUGUGUGCCAGCGUGCUGCAUCACGUCAUAUUGAAUUCAUCCUGGCCCGUAUUAACAAACGAAAGUCAGAUACAGUCAGUUAUACAAAUAAAAAUGAAGCACAGCGGAGCGUUGCAGAUUGCGAUAUUUUGAAUGGUGUUGCGAAGCCUAGUGUUAGUGAUUUCAGUCAAGGCGAACAAUUUAUUGAAAUUUCAAAUGUUUUCGAAUCUUAUUACAAUAAUAAUAAUAAUACUGGGAAUGUAGCGCUAGAUGCUUGUCAAAAGGUAGCUGAUUCUCUAGUGAACACCUUUCAUCUCGGUUUCGAUAGAUUUUCCGGUGAUUAUGGUGGAGACACAUAUUUUAGCCCAAAGAAGUUUAACCAUAUUGGGUGGCCCAGUCAUGUCCAGCCUAUCCCGGACUCUCCAGCUGUUAUUAGUGAUGAGUGUCAAAGCCAGCAAGCUGGUGUUUUCCCCAGUGCUUGUUUUGUGUCUUCCAGUCGUUUUAUUGCACGUUGUCGUGCACGUGGAGAUGCUACUUCAGCUGACCUUUUAACCUUGCCAUCUUCGGUUAUAAGUCAAUCACAAACGCUAAUGGAUGAAAUGGAUGUCAGACGGGCGCGUUCCUUGUUAGAUCGAUGUCGAACUUAUUUAGCUCCCUCUGAUUACCGGUGUAUGAUGCGCAGCUUAAUGAAUCUUAAUCAAGCUGUUCAUUAUCCCACAUCAGCGGGUGGUAGUAAUCAUGAUCAGCAGUCGAGCAGAAAUGAAGUUCUCGUAUCUCUUGUAUGUGUAUUGAAUUGUUUGAAAAACCAUCUACCAUUGUGGGAGGAUUUCGUUCGCUUUCUGACUCCAUCACAAGCCCGUAGUUUGGGUCUGUUGUCCACCUACUUGAAUUUAGCUCGGAUUGGUCGAGUUCAAACGGUUUUGCAAGAUAUUGUUCCUCAAGAUAGGAGAUUUUGGAGACGAUUGCGAAACUUGGCAGACAGCUGUAGUAUUAAAGCACGUUAUAUGCCAGUUAAAAAGAAGUUAUAUGUGGGUCCAAAUGAUGCUGUGCCUGCUGAAUCUUCAAACACAUCCGAAAAUCGCAGCAGUUGCAAUGAUGGAAGGGUAUCUGACGCAAUCCAGACCACCAAGAAAUCGUCUAUGAUAGAACAAAGUCCUGUGGUGGAUAACAAUCAGCCGAAGUCUUCACGUUUUAGAAGUGUGCAACUGAAAGGUGGAGAUAUGCAUGAUUCAUUUACCAAAGCGUGGUCAGUUCUUGAGCGCAGCUGGCGCAAUCGUCCUGUCCUUCUAUCUUCUAUCGCUAGUCUAAUUAACACCAGACACAAACCUUGUUCUGGUUUUGAACAGAGCUUUGAAGAGAUUGAUGUACUUGCUAGAAAUCCUAUUGGGAUUCCGAAUACUUCUGAUGAAUCUAAUCAAAAUACUGCAAGUGUUUGUUGUAAUGUGGAUGAAUACAACAUUCAUCAACUAGAAGCUGAUGAUAUCAACGAUCCUCAUAUACAGUCUUUAUUUUCUGAUGGGUGGGAGAUAUGCACAGAUCUUUCUUCAGCUGCCUCCUACAACCGCAGUAGUCCGUCAGGAACAACAGCUUGGCCACGUAGGCAAUGUCCUUGUCUAUGUCAUAUAAAUGUCUCGCCUAAUAAUAAGACCGCAAGUAUAACAAAUCAAUCUGGGAAGCCUGCAAAAGUCGAUAGUCUGGGUUUGAGACAUUGUAUUUCGUGUAGCCUAAGAGUGCAUCGUGGAACACUUUAUAUUGAUGAGUGUAAUCUCCAUCUACGUCCUGCGCAGAUAACUUGGCCACAUGGUUUUAAACCAAAAACUCGUUUACCUACAAGUAUUCCAUCAAGUGAUGCACUUUCGACUCAGAAUCAUCGUUUAACAACAACAACAAUGCAGCAUACAUCAAGUAUAUCUACGCGUGUUGCUGUAAAUGAACUUGCAAAAGCACAUUCCAAAUCAUAUUCAUCAAAUAAAUUAUCGAAUCACUGCACUCGAGUACCAGAUAUGGCUGGUAGGCGUGUUGCCGUAGAAUAUCUUCAUACACGUAAACCAACCACAUCAAUCAAUCAUGAAGUCAUCCAGUCAAAUAAUCACAGUUAUGAUGAUACUCUAGGAGCAGUCGAAAUCCAGUCACCUUGCGAUCCACAGGAUCUACGCUCAAAAUAUGGCUAUUUAGAAAAUCCUAUAAGCUGGACACUGCUGGAUGACGAAGCUGCUUGCUUUAAUACAGAGGCGUUUGCCUCUGUAUCAGAUGAGAAGCAUGAGUGCGAAUUCCGUGAUAUGGAUGACUGGACCCCUCGGAAGAAGAAGAAAAACAAUUACUAGAAUUUCGCAAGAGUAGGCACCGUUACAGAGACAGUUCCAAAAUGUUCUCAAUUCUGGCUGAAAUUUAAUGGAACCUAAACAAAAACCGUAUGAUUUCUCUCCUCAGCGAAAUGCUAACGAACUAGAGGCAGGCGCAUUUCAAGCAACUGAGAUGCGCACUCCACUUUGAAAGGAAACUUACAAUCCUAAAGUAUUUUAAAUACCUUGCUCACCAAAUUCAUCAAUUGUGAAAGCAGGGAAUAGAUCAUUAUUACUUACCAUUCACUUAUUCUUAUUCUUUACUUAUUUCCCAUUUGAUUUUUGUGUGUGUGUGUGUCUUUUUUCUUCUAGCUGCUUGAAUUUCUCGGCUUUUCAAUCUUUUUAAGUCUUCUUCUCUUAUUUAAUGAUUCAAAAUUAAAUGUUUAUGGCAAUUAUGUUGUGUACAACAUAAAAUUUAAAUCAAAAUCAAAACCAUGGAUAACUAUGUGAUAAGAUUUGAUAGUGUGAAAUAUUCCCAUAUCGCAUGAAGAAUUAAAAGUUAAUCUGAACGAAGAAUAAAUAUUCCUUUC